AUGGCUGCCCCUCAGGUUCACCAUCUCUUCCACGCACCAAUUGCAGACCACUCGUUCUCAUCCGACAAGAAGACACUUGCUGUCGCUCGGGAGAACAAUGUGGAGCUGUAUCAACAAUCAGGCAACAAGUUCGCGCUGAGCGAUGAGCUUAAGGGCCACGAGAAGACUGUCACCAGCGUUGACAUUGCCCCCAAAAGUGGCCGAAUUGUCACUUGCUCACAGGACCGCAAUGCCUACGUUUGGGAGCAGACCCCCACCGGAUGGAAACCUACCCUGGUCCUUCUCCGAAUCAACCGUGCCGCAACGUUUGUACGCUGGUCCCCAUCGGAGCAGAAGUUCGCCGUCGGCUCCGGCGCUCGAGUGAUUGCAGUCUGCUACUUCGAGGAGGAGAACGACUGGUGGAUCUCGAAGCACCUCAAGAAGCCUAUCCGCAGCACUAUUACAACCCUGGCGUGGCACCCCAACUCCGUCCUGCUGGCAGCCGGAUCGACCGAUUCUCACGCCCGAGUCCUCUCGAGCUUCAUCAAGGGUAUUGAUACCCGCCCGGAGCCCAGUGCGUGGGGAGAGCGCCUUCCUUUCAACACCAUCUGUGGCGAAUACCUGAAUGAUACCGCUGGUUGGAUCCAGGGUGUUGCCUUCUCUCCUAGUGGUAAUGCGCUCGCCUUUACUGGACACGACAGCAGUGUGACUGUCGUCCUGAUCUGGAACGGCGAGACUGAGAUCAUUGCAGCUGGACAUGACUGUGAGCCCUUCCGUUUCCGCGGCGAUGAGAACGGAUGGCAACUUGCCGGCUCUCUGGAGAAUAAGGCCGGGGAAGUCCGGGGUGCCCGUGAGGAGUCUGCUCUGAACAUGUUCCGGCAGAUGGAUCUCAAGGGCCAGGCUCAGGCGGACACCAAGCUCAAGUCUACCCACCAGAACACUGUGAACACCAUCCGGGCCCACGAAGAAGCCAACGGGGUUGUGAGCUCGUUCAGCACGAGCGGUGUCGACGGUCGCGUUGUCAUUUGGAAUGCCUGA